GGGGGAGCGCGGCGGGAGGGGACGCGCGAAGGAACAGUCGGGCAGAGGGGUCCGGCCUGGACUCUACCAAACGCGCGGCCCGCCUGCUCGCCCCGGGCCCGGCGCCGAGCCGCGCUCCGGCCGCGCCGGCCGCGGCGUCCUCGGUGCCCGGGCCGGCAGCUCCCAACUGGCCGCGGACGGCGGGGGGAGAAGGAACGUGCGCCCGGUGGCCCGGAUUGGCCUCCAGGUCCCCCCGCCUGGGCGGCGGAGUGCGGGCGGCCCGGGCUGGGAGGUUUGAAAAGCGGGCGAGAGACAAAGGCAGCAGGAAGCCUCCUCGGCGCCCGGAGCCCGUGCUCGCAGCCCCCGGGGCUCCCCGGCCGGCCCGCCGGCCCGGAGCAGCAGCGGCGGCGGCGGCGGCCGGCGGCGGCAGUAGCAGGAGGCAGAGGAUGCGGCAGGGGGCGUGGGAGCGGCGGCGGAGCGGGCGGAGCGGCGCGGCCCGAGCGCGGCGUGGUUAGACCCGAGGCGGCGGAGGCGGCGGAGGCGGCGGCCCGGCCGGGCUCGGGAGUGAGUGAGAGGGCGCCUUCCCCGCCCGGGAUGUGAGGACGGAGCGGAGCCCGGGGCGGGGGGAGGGAAGGGAAGGGAGGCGAAGCCGGCAGGAAGGAAGGAAGGACGGAAGGACCAGGAGGAGGAGCGGCGGCGGCGGCCGGAGCCGGAAGGCGGGGAGGGGCCGUCCGUUGGGCCCGAGGCGGCGGCGGCGGCGGCGGCAGCGGCUGGGGCGAACCGCUCUUGUCGCCUCUCGGGACAGGAGCGGCAGGGCCCGCGCCUCCUCCCCCCCGGCGCCGCGGAGGGGGGAGGAGGAAGAUGGAGACCCACAUCUCGUGCUUGUUCCCCGAGCUGCUGGCCAUGAUCUUCGGCUACCUGGACGUCCGGGAUAAGGGGCGCGCGGCGCAGGUGUGCACGGCCUGGCGGGACGCCGCCUACCACAAGUCGGUGUGGCGGGGGGUGGAGGCCAAGCUGCACCUGCGCCGGGCCAACCCGUCGCUGUUCCCCAGCCUGCAGGCCCGGGGUAUCCGCCGUGUGCAGAUCCUGAGCCUCCGCCGCAGCCUCAGCUACGUGAUCCAGGGCAUGGCCAACAUCGAGAGUCUCAACCUAAGCGGCUGCUACAACCUCACUGACAACGGGCUGGGCCACGCGUUUGUGCAGGAGAUCGGCUCCCUGCGUGCCCUCAACCUGAGCCUCUGCAAGCAGAUCACCGACAGCAGCCUGGGCCGCAUAGCCCAGUACCUCAAAGGCUUGGAGGUGCUGGAGCUGGGGGGUUGCAGCAACAUCACCAACACCGGCCUCCUGCUCAUCGCCUGGGGCCUGCAGCGCCUCAAGAGCCUUAAUCUCCGCAGCUGCCGCCACCUCUCGGACGUGGGCAUCGGGCACCUGGCCGGCAUGACGCGCAGCGCGGCCGAGGGCUGCCUGGGCCUGGAGCAGCUCACGCUGCAGGACUGCCAGAAGCUCACCGACCUUUCUCUAAAGCACAUCUCCCGGGGGCUGACGGGCCUGAGGCUCCUCAACCUCAGCUUCUGCGGGGGCAUCUCGGACGCGGGCCUCUUGCACCUGUCGCACAUGGGCAGCCUCCGCAGCCUUAACCUGCGCUCCUGCGAUAACAUCAGCGACACGGGCAUCAUGCAUCUGGCCAUGGGCAGCCUGCGCCUCUCAGGGCUGGAUGUGUCCUUCUGCGACAAGGUGGGGGACCAGAGCCUGGCUUACAUAGCCCAGGGCCUGGAUGGCCUCAAGUCCCUGUCCCUCUGCUCCUGCCACAUCAGCGAUGAUGGCAUCAACCGCAUGGUGCGGCAGAUGCACGGGCUGCGCACGCUCAACAUCGGACAGUGUGUGCGCAUCACAGACAAGGGCCUAGAGCUGAUCGCGGAGCACCUGAGCCAGCUCACCGGCAUAGACCUGUAUGGCUGUACCCGGAUCACCAAGCGCGGCCUGGAGCGCAUCACGCAGCUCCCCUGCCUCAAGGUACUCAACCUGGGACUCUGGCAGAUGACGGACAGUGAGAAGGUCAGGUGAGGGCGGCGGCACCUGCUCCCCCUGUCCCGCCCUGUUCAUCCUCGGGUCACCACCACGCCCCCGCCCCCCUCACUCGACAUGCACACUUACACAGAGAUCACUGCAGCGGAUGAGAUGGGGGCAGGGACACGAAGCCUCAGGCUCAUUUUCUCCCUCCUCCGGCACCUCGGCCCACUACACGCCCAUUCCCAUUGCAUCUGGGGUUCCUCUGCUACCCCUACCUUCUUCCCCUCUUGUUUCCCCUGACGAUGAAGGGACGGAUUCAGCUACUUACCCACCCACUCCUCACUGCAGGGGGAUGGAGGACUGUUUGAGCUACUGUAUCCCCACUGCUUUGCAUUUGGAAACGGGGGAGGAGGUGGGGAGUGACUAGUCCUUAAGACCCUGGGGAGUUGAGGAAAAUGUCUGCCUUCACUUAAGCUUUCAUUUGAAUACUGUGAUCUGGUUUUUAUUUUGAAAUGUAUAAAGAGCAAACCCAACUACCACGGCCUUUUCACCCUUCUUCCUUCCACUUUGUAACUAAUCCCAGGCUCUUCUCAUCACUUCUCCUACAGUACUCUGCUAUUCACGCUCAUUUCCUUUUAAUUGUCUUUCUUUUUCGUGUUUUUGUUUUUUGAAGAAAUUUGAAAUCACGGUCCUUUUUUUUCUGCUGAAUAUAGUCUAUAUAUUAUAUAUAUAUAAAUUAUAUAUAUAUAUACAUAUAUAUAUGUCUGGCUACCUCGUUUUAGUUUACUUUUUUCUCUGAAGCCCUGGAAUUCUACAAGAGAGAUAUUUUGAGACUGAAACAUUUUUGUGCCUAGACUGGAAAGAUGCCCAUUGGGUUUGUACGUCUUUUUUGUUUUGGCUUCUUCCCAAACCCCAUCCAUCCAAUGUGUCCCGCUUCCACAUUCUGGCUAUCGUUUUUUCUCCCUGCCCAUUGGGAUUUUGAGGGCCCAACGGUGUUCGUAAAUCUUGACUUAAUAUAUAGCACAAAUGUGUGGAAGAAAUGAGAGUCGAACUUUUGUUUGUUUGUUCGUUUGUUUGAGAUGCAGAUUGUGUCUUGAAGAUUAUUAUAUAUGCAAAUUCUGCCCUACCCUCACCCUCUUCCAAGUUUCCCCACAAAAAGGUCACACGGUGAGGCUUCCUGUUGGAAGCGGAGGAGCAGAGUUGGCCUGCGGAGCCCCUGGGGCUCUAACGUGAAGGGGAGGAGACUGAAACUCAUGUCUUAUCUCUGUUAAUAAACCGGGAGUUCGUGGGUUUUACAACAAUCUGUUUCUAAAUGGAGGAAUAGAUGGCUUUCUUUAUUUUGGUGGGGGUUGGGACUUGUGGCUUUAAAAAAAAUCGCUUUUGAGUAGGAUGUAUAUUUUUGUUGGGAGUUUUUGUUCGUUUGUUUAUUUUUUUAGAAUCCUCCACAGCAACAUGCGAGACCAUGGAGUUAAAGAAACCCAGAGACCUUUAUCAAUUAAUUGUACUGUUUGUGAAUUUGUAUAAAUAAUAACAAAGAUCCUCUUAAAACGUUUAUAUUCUUACAGUAAAAGGUUAAACUGAUAUUUAUAUAAUAAAAGAGGAAAUAUGAAGUAUGUUUUUGAAAAAAAAAAAAAACAAAACAAAAACAAAAAACCUUGUAUCUGUGAAUUAUUUUGAAGGCAGUGUGUGUUUGGGUACAUGCCAAAGUAGGAGGUGCUGUCUGUACUCUAGGAGGAAAUAAGGUAUAGCGUUCAGUGCAUCCUAUAGGCUGUGAGUAAGCUCAUGGUUACAAAUUUAUUCUGUAUAAGGUUUACUACUGACCUCUAAAUGUUUUGUUACUAGAAAUGUGACUGGACUGGAGAUUUAUAUAAUUUUCGGUUUUAAACUGUCAACAAAAUGGAAAUUGAAAGAAACUGAAGAAAAUGGAACUU